CGUAGAAGAAAUUGAAGUGGCAUAUUGAGCUCCGGCUAGCUAAGCAAAACCCUGAAACCUAAAACUCAGACCCUGAUUGAUACAGAACCUCACUCACUCUGAGCUCUGAGUAGUAGAGACACCGCGCAACAAUGUCGGGUUUCGCAUUCGGAUCCUCUUCUUCUUCUACAUCAUCAUCAUCAUCAUCUUCAUCUUCCUCUCCAUUUUCACUCUCAAACCCUUCCUCUGCUUCCCCAUUCUCAUUUGGAUCCUCCUCCCUCUUCUCCUCCACCACCACUAACCCUACCGCCUCCUCCGCCCCCUUCUCCUUCUCCUCCUCCGCUUCUUCUGCGCCCUCCUUUUCCUUCGGCUCCACGCCCUCCCUCUUCACCUCCUCCUCCGCGUCCGCCGCUCCGCCGAGUACCGCUCCCUCAAUCUUCGGUGCCGCCGCCGCCACCUCAGCUUCAACGACUCCACUGUUUGGAGGAGCCUCCUCCGCUUCAACGGCGCCGCUGUUUGGGGGAACGUCUUCUUCGACGACACUCUUUGGCGGAACACCUUCUGCAACGACGCCGUUUGCGUCGUUUGGGGUUUCGUCAUCUUCUUCUUCUUCAGCUGCAACUACCACCACAUCUUUGUUCUCCAACGCAUUUGCCACUGGUGCUUCUCCGUUAGGUUCUUCUUCUUCUGCUGCAGCUACAACUUCUUUGUUCUCAACUGCAUUUGGUACCGGUGCUGCCUCUUCUUCGAGCUCAACGACGUCGUUUUCAGCGUUUGGAAAGCCGUCUACUCCGGCUACUAGUGUGACUGCAACGACGUCGUCUAGCACUUCAGGAUUCUCGUUUGGAACCCCCACUUCCUCUGCUUCUCAACCUUCGUUCGCCUUCAACAAUGUGGCAUCUGCUUCGGCUUCAGCUUCAGCUUCAACCGCUUCUGCAGCUUCUGGCACGCCGGCCUCGAAGCAACCGGGUUCUUUCUCUUUCGCCACGUCUUCAGCGCCGCUGUUCUCCACCGUGACGACCACCACGGCUUCAACCCCGGCUAGUGGUGUCUCCAUCCUGUCAUCUUCUGGGCCUGCAUUUGGUGCCCCAGCUGCGUCUACUGCCCCUACAACUGUUGCCUCAUCUGCCGCGCCGACAGCUCCAGCUAGUGCUCCUUCCUCUAUUUCCACAGCUUCCUUCGGGUCUGGGUUUUCCUUUGCGACAAAGGCUUCUUCAACACCUGCAGUUUCCACUGUUACUACUUCUGCAUUUGGGGUGAGCGCUUCAACCUCUACCGCUCCUGCAAUUUCCACUUCCAGCACUGGUGCAACUCAGACAUCAUCUGCUGUUGUUGUGGCUUCCACUAGUGGAACUACUUCAACUGUCAGCACGUCGGUUGCUGCUACACCAAAACUACCAUCUGAAAUCACUGGGAAGACUGUGGAGGAGAUUAUCAAGGAAUGGAAUGCUGAGUUGCAAGAGCGAACUGGAAAAUUUAGAAAACAAGCUAAUGCUAUAGCUGAAUGGGAUCACAGGAUUUUGCGGAAUCGUGAUGUUCUGUUGAGGCUUGAGAUUGAAGUGGCAAAAGUAGUUGAGACACAGUCAAAUUUGGAGCGGCAAUUGGAGUUGAUAGAGACUCAUCAGCAGGAGGCUGAUAAGGCUUUACAAAGCAUGGAGGAAGAAGCUGAGCGUAUUUACAAGGAUGAGCGAGGAUUACUUCUUGAUGAUGAAGCUGCAUCUACAAGAGAUGCAAUGUAUGAACAGUCUGAAUUGAUAGAAAGGGAACUAGAGCACAUGACAGAACAGAUAAAAUCAAUUAUCCAAUCCCUUAACUCAAACCAGGGCGGAGAACUCGAUGCAGCUGAUGGAAUGAGUCCAUUAGAUGCUGUAGUUCGAAUUCUAAAUAAUCAACUAACUUCUCUGAUGUGGAUUGAUGAAAAGGCUGAAGAAUUUUCUUCCCGCAUUCAGAAGCUAUCUAACCAAGGUUCUGCUUCAGAUCGUGAACUGACGGGUCCAGGAAUGUGGAUGUCCUGAUAUUUCAAAUUUGUACAGUAUCUCAACCUCAUCCCAAAUUAUAUGAAAGACCAAGAAACACAUUUGCAUAGAGGGGCUGUCAUGUAUCCCCCCUCCCCCAUAUUCUGGAUGAGAUUUCAGCAUUGUUACCAUUAAUUUUACAAUUAACCUCCACAAAACUGCGUUUAAAAUUUCUCUUUGAAGAAUAUACCUGUCAUUAUGAAAUAGAGAACGAAAUGCCUGUUAUUCUUUUUUUUUUUUUGAUAAUUUGGAGGGCCAACGGCCCAAAUGCCUGUUAUUCUUUGUCACUGCCUUCAAAUACUGGAAACAUUGAGAUCUGUAACAACUAACAAGUGCUUUGUUACUGCUGCAAUUUUACCAAUGAUUGAAGUAGUUUUGCCA